AUGCAUCCCAUAUUCACGCCUUCCAAGUGGACGACUAACGCUAGUAAUAUUGAACAGCAAGAGAAGCAAGAAGAUGGAGACUCAGAGUCGGCCGGGGCUCUCGCAAAUGCGGGCAGGGAUCAGAUGCCGCCGGAGCUGGAGCAUUUCGAGCGAAUUCCCUUCCCAGAUGCUGUGGAGCAGCAGUUUGAGGAGACGCUGUGUCAUCUGCAGAUGAAACCCUCCACCAUCCGAAGUUUAGAGGAGGCAGAAGCUCUGGUCCAGAGUGUAGAGAGACGCUACACCCAGCGAAUGGUUCAACUCAUGCAGUCCUAUGGUCUCAACCCUCCCAAGGGGUCUUCUCGUACUGGAGUGAUGGAGACUAUAUCGGAAGAAGCUCCGAAAGGACUGAACCAGUUCCACCAUCGUAGCUCAGUAGCUAACGUUAGUUUUGUGAAUGAGGAAACAGGCGAAAAGGGCUCCUUCCAGCGCCUCGUUUGGAAGGGAAUGAAUUCUUUUCCAAAUGCCACUGAGGCAACAUGA